AUGCGCUGGGCGUUUGCGCAUGGUAUUGUUGAUCUGUCAGCAAAGAAACACAGCUCUCAUUUUGCUGUGUCACACACCUCUGUAGAACAACUAGAGGAAUUUAAUAUGGAUCUGCUUGGGAGAGGCAUGCAGCGGCUCGCACCAAAACUGUGGGGUCUGUUAGAUAAGCUGCUAUUCGCGGGAAAGAAGUCUAAAAAGGUCGUUAUUUUCAGCAUAAUCAUGCAAACUGCAAACCAAAAAUCAAACACGUUUCAAAGCAUCUUUGGUAUCUUUCUGCAGUCCACACACGCACCUCAAAAGGUCAUAGAGACACUAUCACGGAUGGGAAUCUGUGUCUCCAUUGAUUCGAUCAAUACAGCCAUCACAUCGUUGUCAAAGGAGGCUCACCAUGGCAUUUCUGCUCUGGGGCGGACCCUUCUCGCAUCCUAUGCAUAUGAUAAUUUUGAUGUGGACCUUAAAUCAACUGUUCAUACAGUUGACAAGUCAGAAGAUACGCUCAAACAUCUUACCGCUGGCCUCCUUUUUCCGCUACAGCAUGGUACUACUCUCGACAACUUGCAUUGCUCGAAAGCCUUGUGGGAAAGAUCGCUACUCAACCCGCAAGACCGCCUGGGACAUCUGGAGUCAGUAGAAAUGAUCCCUGUGGCCAAAACAAAGAUUCUAGCCUCACGAGCGAUGGAUAUCAGUAAUUCAACGGUAGCUGGGAACAUCAACUCAGUACUUGAGUUAUUGAAGCAGGGAGAUAUUGAAGAUCCGGCAGAAUGUGACCCCCUGCAAGGACUAGAUGUAUCAGAGGACCGACGCGCAAUUGAAAACACACCUUGGAAUCGCCUCCAGCACAUCAUCUUUAUUCCAGGUUUAUUUCAUUUGAAGAUGGCGAGCGCAGAUGCCAUCUGGCGCACCUUCUUGCAGCAUUUCUUGGCGCGACUAGAUGAGAACGCUUUGAUGCGGGAUGUUGGGAUUCUUCGACCUAAAGAAACAGGUAUAUAUGGCUCGAAGCCUGGGUUUCGUAGAAUGCACCAGCUCAUCACCUAUUCUGGUAUCUGCCGGCGCCUUGAUUGUUGGAGAGUUGAGGUAAAAAAAAUGUCGUCAGAGCCGCUAUUUGAUGAUAUACUUGCGAUGGCAGAUGUAAUUGCAAAGGAGUAUGUUGCUGAUCACAGACUUCAGCGGAUGAGAUCAAAAGAUGUCACUCAGCGUGAUGGAGAAUAUGAAAACGCGCUGCUCCUCAACAAAUACAUGCUACUAUACAAGGAACUUUCAUACGCUAUGAAUAUUGGGGAUAUCGGGCGAGUGGAAACGUGCAUUGUUGCGUGGAUCCUGAUAUUUAAGGCAACCGGGAAGCAUAAAUAUGUGACGCACAUGUCAGAUUUUCUAUCCAAUGUUCACUUUGUAUACCCAGAUGGCUUGCAGAGAGCCGUUCGAUAUCAUAUUCUUGUGAACCCAUCGGGAAAGGCAGGCAGCUUCCGAGCCAUUGACUGGUGCAUGGAAUCAAAUAACUUGUAUACAAAGGUUAUUCACGGCGGCAAGGGCCCUAAUCGCACCAUAGACCGUAUAAUCUUGGAAUCCCCCCUUGUACAGGUUUAUCGUAACUUACAACGGGUUUUCGAAGAAAAUUUCUUGCAUUUACACCUCACAACUCGACACACUAUCGUUGACAUGACGCGGACGUUCAACGAGCUCUGUAGGUACAUAGCACAGCACUCCCCGCAUGAACUGGUGCUCGGACGAAAAAGCAAACACUCUAUUCCCGAUCUCUACAGUAAAGGUCUCGAAUUAAUAGAUAAACAAUGUUUGGAUGCUGGAAUAGAAGAGGGGGGAACAUUAGAGGAGCAUCCGACAUUAGAGGACGUAGCAGUAGAGCUGGGAUUGUGA